AUGGUUCAACAAAUGCCUUUAGGUCAGCAAGUGAGACCCUGUGGCAUAUGUCAGUUGGUGGGGCAUCCUACUGAUGCAUGUCCCACUCUUCAAAAGGUACAAAUUGAGCAAGUAAAUGCCAUUGGUGAGUUUCCUUGGCAGCCAAGAAAACAAUAUGAUACCUAUUCAAGUACUUAUAAUGAGGGAUGGAGGGAUCAUCCUAAUAUAAGAUAUGGGAACCAACAACAAGCAGCACCUACCAGACCACCAAGGUUUAAUUCCCAACAAAGGCCUCAACAAGCCUAUGUACCUUGUCAGCAACAACCUCCUACUGGAGUCGCACAAGAUCAGGAACCAUCAAUAUCAAACAUGCUUAAAACUUUGGUACCAUCCAAUAUACAAACUCAAGUAAUUCUUCAGAAGAGGAACCCAAUAGCAAAUGUAAGUGUGAUAACACUGCAAAGUGGUAUACAAUAUGAGCCACUCACACAACCUUUAUCGACAGCUCUAGUGCAAAAGCAAGUAGUAGACAACUCCAUCCAUGAUGAACCAUCAACACAGAAAACAUCACAUAAACCAACUAUGCCAACUUAUGUCCCUCGUCUGCAUUUUCCAAUCAGAUUGAAAAAGUUUAAGAAAGAGGAAGCUGACAAUGAAAUUCUUGAGAUUUUUCGCAAAAUUGAGGCAAACAUUCCAUUACUUGAUGCUAUUAAACAAGUGCCACAUUAUGCUAAAUUUUUUAAGGAGUUGUGCACGAAUAAGAGGAAAUUGAAGGAUGAUGAGAAGAUAAGUGUGGGGGAGAAUGUCUCUACUGUUCUCCAAAAGAAGCUACCACCAAAAUGCAAGGAUCCUUGA